AUGCAAGAUUCACAACCGUGUAAAGCACGUAAAAUAGACCAUGCCGGAAACUCCACAACUACUAUUCCUUUGAAACUCACCUUUGAGAUACUAUCGAGGCUUCCAGCGAUAUCUGUCUUGGGAUUCCGAUCCGUGUCGAAGCUAUGGUGCUCUAUCAUCCAUAGUAAAGAUUUCGUCGACGCUUUUCUUACUCGGUCCAGGACUCGGCCUCGUCUCCUUUUUACCGUUGAAGACUUGGAUUCGCGUUUCAUCUUCUCAUCCCCUGAACACGACAAAAAAUACGGCGACAAAUCCUCCACAGUUGUUGCCAGACACGACAUGACGAUCUCGGAUCUCGGCUACAACUACAACAACAGAUGUGCCCCCUACGGGCCGUACUACAUCACAUCUCCCCCCGUGAACGGGCUUGUGUGUUGCACACGUGGCUCAUCUAUCGCUAUUUGUAAUCCCACCACGAGACAGUUGAUGACACUACCCCGUGUCAGAUCCAAGGGAGGAGCCGCGCACGCACGUCUCGGGUACGAUCCGGUGGAAGAUGAAUACAAAGUGUUGAUUGAGAACCCCACCGGAGAGUCUUACACAGAUGUAGAAGGCGGAGUUUGCAUCAAUGGUGCUAUAUACUACGGAGUUGGACAUACCAAGAAGAUAGCUAGAUUCGAUCUUAGAUCCGAGAAGAUGAUUUGGACUUUUAUAAAUCACCAAGGAAAAUUUGGAGGGAUGGAGUGUGAUUACUUGUACAAUGAGAUGCGUGUGUGGAUUCAAGAGAAAGAGGAGUUGUGGAAUAAUAUGGCUUGCGCUGUGCCUUGUGAGUGGGGAGCUUUGUUUAGGGAGAAGAGACCAUCUUGUCCCGGAGAGAUUCAUACCGGAGAAGUUAUGUUGGUCUCGAACCAGUUACAGUCAUCUAAGCCUUUGUCUGUUUUCUAUUGCGAUGUGAUGCGAGAGACUUGCAGAAGUGCGCAAGUCGAAGGAAUCGCUGAUUAUGGGUUUAGACGCAUCCAUGGAAUUGGGAUGCAUGAUCAUGAUGUGUUGUGUUUUCCAGGUUACAUUGAGAAUAUCAUGUUCUUCUGA